AUGGCGAAAACUGUCUUUACCUUGCUGGCCUUGGUGGCGGUGUCCUUUCGAUACCAAGGAGUCUUCUUCGCACGAGGUUUCACCCUUCAGUCUGGUGGAUACAAGCCGGGUAUUAGUAUUCCUGUCACUAAAUAUAAACGGGAGGCUCUUGACACAUGCAACCCCGGUGUUGAGUCUGUUGAAGAAGCUCUUCAAAGGUGCUUCGCAGACCGAAACAUCAACAUUACCAAAAUCCUCGACAAUCCUAUGUUGUUUGUGGAAAUUAUCCUCGGUCAAAUGGACGUGACCUGCAGUCGUUUUGAUGACUACCGACAUGCACUGGAAUGUGCCCACAACUUUUCCUCGUCAUGCGUUAGUGAAGACCUACGAGACUACCUAUUUCCUAAGUUUACCUACAUAUCGUCAAUGAUGCAUCGGCUGUGUGAUAACAGAGACUAUAUAAACGGCAAGUGCGCUGUAUCUGUCUAUCCCGAUCUGUUCGAGUGUCUAGACGUAAAAAUUCACAACGAUUCACAAUUCAGCGAUUUGGGGGAUACGAUCUGCUUCUACCAAGAGUUAGCCACUGCAUGCGUGGCCGAGGAAAUGUGGAGAUGUGGCUGCAACACCACCCGAGUGCUUGUAGAGAUCUAUAAGGAGGACACACGGCCUCUACUCUGUCCCCCAAUUACGUCUGUAGAUGUUCCGGACUGCAGCAACUCAACCUGCAAUAAUGAGGCUGAAAAAAAUAUACAGAAAUGCAUCACAGACCAGAACAUCACUUUUAGCGACUUCGACGACGAUAUAAAUGGUGUAAUUAGAAUGUUCACCAGCCACUUGGAGAUGUCCUGCAGUCGUUUUGACGAUUACAAGCGUGCACUGGAAUGUGUCCACAACUUUACCUGGUCAUGCCUCGAUGAAGACAUACGAGACUAUGUACUUCCUAAGUUUACCUACGUAUCGUCAGUGAUGCAGCGGCUGUGUAACAACAGAGAACAUCUGAAUGGUAACUGCGCACUGUCUGUGUAUCACAAUCUUCACACGUGUUUAAAAGUGGGCGACGACCACUCAAGUUUCUCGAAUGGGAACCCUUCCUGUUCGUUUCAUGAGCGCGCCACUCAAUGCAUUGCUGACAAAAUGAGGAUAUGUGGGUGCAUGACCACCCGUGUGUAUAUAGAGAUCUAUAAGGAGGACACACGACCUGCACUCUGUCCCCCAAUUACGUCUGUAGCUGUUCCGGACUGCAGCACCUCAACCUGCACGAAUGAGGCUGAAACAAAUAUACAGAAAUGCAUCACAGACCAGGACAUCACUUUUAGCGAAUUCGACGACGAUAUCAAUGGUGUAAUUAGAAUGCUCACCAGCCACUUGGAGAUGUCCUGCAGUCGUUUUGACGAUUACAAGCGUGCACUGGAAUGUGUCCACAACUUUACCUGGUCAUGCCUCGAUGAAGACAUACGAGACUAUGUACUUCCUAAGUUUACCUACGUAUCGUCAAUGAUGCAGCGGCUGUGUAACAACAGAGAACAUCUGGAUGGUAACUGCGCACUCUCUGUGUAUAACAAUCUUCACACGUGUUUAAACCUCGAAGACGACGACGACGACUCAAGUUUCUCGGAUGGGAACGUGUUCUGUUGGCUUCGUGAGCUCGCCACUCAAUGCAUUGCUGACAAAAUGAGGAUAUGUGGGUGCAUGACCACCCGUGUGUUUAUAGAGAUCUAUAAGGAGGAUGCACGGCCUCCACUCUGCCCCCCAAUAACGUCGGUGGCCAUCCCAACCUGUACAGGCACCCGCUUAACAGGAGACCAUCCGCUUGGCGUUGUGCUGGUAGCUGCAGCCAUUGUGUUGAGCCUCCUUUCUGCUCCAUCAUCAUUUUAACACAUCACCCAGAGAAGCACUUAACAGCGUUUGUAGUGUCACAACCUCUGCUAGAAUCGUAUCUGACCAAUCCCUCUUAAGUUUUUUUCAGAUAUUGUGUCUCGGUCCAGAUUCAUCAUCUGCACACGAAAUGGAUCCAUCUUCCAUGGCGCUACAGACUAAUCAGCUUCAUGGGUCUAAGGUCACUUGCACAAUAAAACAUAAUCCAAUGUUUAAAUUUAUUCACACAUGGUCAUUUUUAAUAUCUCUAGAACCAGUUGCAAAGCCUUGAGGUAAAUGAGGGGACCUGACUGAGCAUGAGUGAACAGGGACUACUCAAUCUGCAGUGAGACGCCUUGGCGAGGUUGUGUACUGUGUGACCUGCUGACCAGCUAAGUGUUUGUUUACACUAAUAGUUUCGAUUGUUACCAAUGGAUGCAAAAUAAAUGACAUCAACUAGGAUCAGAUGGCACCUAAGCACUUAAGUGUUAGAAGCUGGUUAUUUUUCAAUGUAGGUUCACUCACUUUUUUUUCUCCUGUGGGUUGGUUGCUCCCAUGAACACAGUGAAAUGCUGCUAUGACGGUUCAUCAGCACACGUAUAAGUAAAGAUUCCACAAAUUGCUUCCAUUGUUUGUUAACUAACGCUAUACCUAAACUGGUGGAUUUUUUUUUUCAUAGCUGUCUUU